AUGGACCCUAUGGUCAGAUAUCCGUUUGAUGAGAGUGGACUGGUAGAGGAAGGCAUGGACAGAUCUGCUGCCGCAGCUGUCGUCGUGGAUUGCGGGACGCCGCAGCAAGAGAAGCAGUUACGGCGAUGGUGUGGCAGUGGCGCUCUUAGUGUCCUCUCAGCUGGUAUCUCAGAGAAGCAGGUACAAAUAGCUGGCGGGUGA